AUAAACCAUACAAGCCCUAUACCCAUUUCCCUUAAAAUGAUACGAGCCCUACAUCCCUUUUUUUCUUUUCAAUUAAAAGGGGAUUUUUUUUUGAAAGCGGAGCUAAUUAUUAGUGUUUCGUGAAAACAUCAAAUCACCGACGUGUAUGCUCGCAAGUAUACCCAUUCACGAGAAUCUGGGCUUCUUCUCACCUCACCUCUGCCACCCAUUAGCCCUCCACCCUCACGUCUUCUUCUUUUUAUGCGGGAUUUCACAUCCGCGAUCUUCAGAUUCUCUUGCACAUACGUAUGUAUAUGUAUUUUUGAAGCAUAUUUCCAUGGAAUAUGCUCAGUUAUUAAUACCCUAACGAGUUUUUCUUUUUCUCCGCCGCGGCUGUAGUUGGCGCUCUACAUUUUGCCCCCUUUUCACCUUCUCUCGUCUGUAUAGCUGCCGCCCCUAUGGCACUAAUAGAUCGGUUGGUGCUGCUCUUCGCUGUUUUUUCUUCAAUUUUUGCAUCCAUCAACGCUAGCGAUGGAGAUGCGGAUUCGAUUUACAAAGUUUGUGUUCAGAAAUGUGAGAAGAGUGGAUGUGUAGGGGACAAUUGCUUUCAACAUUGCAAUUUUUCAUCUGCUGAAAACUCCACUGAUGGUCCGUGGUAUUUGCAAGAGCCACUUUAUUUGAGGUGGAAACAGUGGGAUUGUCUGGGUGAUUGUCGAUAUUAUUGUAUGCUGGACAGGGAGGAAGAAAGACAAAAACUUGGUCUCAAGCCCGUCAAGUAUCAUGGGAGAUGGCCAUUUCAGCGUGUCUAUGGAAUACAGGAACCUGUUUCUGUGGCAUUAUCUGCUCUCAAUCUUGCCAUACAAUUUCAUGGCUGGGUGUCCUUCUUCAUAUUAGUUAAUUACAAGCUAUCAUUCAGGCCAAACAGAAAGCCAUAUUAUGAGUACACAGGCUUAUGGCAUAUCUAUGCUAUUUUAUCAAUGAAUGCGUGGUUUUGGAGAGCUGUUUUUCAUAGCAGAGACGUAGACUUGACAGAGAGGCUAGAGCAGUCUUCUGUUGUGGCUUUGCUAGGGUUUUCUCUUAUCUUGGCUAUAUUAAGAACAUUCAAUGUGUGCAUUGAGGCAGGCAGAGUAAUGGUUUCUGCCCCAAUCGUUGCGUUCUUGACAACACAUAUCUUGUAUCUUAACUUCUAUCAAUUUGAUCAUGGCUUGAAUCGGAUGAUUUGUUUUGCUAUGGUCACGGCUCAACUUACGAUGUGGGCGGUGUGGGCAGGGGUGAGUCGUCACCCGUCACGCUGGAAGCUGUGGGCAGUAGUGGUUGGGGGCGUUCUCGUCACUCUCCUUGAAAUAUUUGACUUUGCUCCAUACUGGGGAUUUGUUGAUGCCCGUGCUGUUUCGCAUGCGGCUGCCAUUCCUCUCACCUCCCUUCUUUGGAGUUUUGUAAAGGAUGAUAGUGAGUUAAGGACCAUAAUCCUUAACAAGAAGGCUGAGUAGCAUGGCUGUGAAAAGGAGUGUUUGCCACAUGGAUGGUUUUUUCCUUGCUGUUAUAUCAGAAGGCUAUCUUUUUCUUCUUCUUGUUUUUGGGGGCUUGUUUUUUCGCGCAGGCAGGAAUGAAUACCUUCAGUGCUUUCUCCGCGCGGGUUUCUUGGCUCUUUUGUUUCAUUUUCAUAGAUUUCUUAAUCAGAGGCAUUUGUUUUGGUUCGCAAAUUUGUAUGCUGUUAGUAAUAGCCAAACAUCCUUGCAAGUUGUUAUAUUUACAUGUUUCCAUCUGUCUAUGACACGUUGAAUUGUGUGCCACGUACUUUUAAUAGUUAUGCUAUUCAUUUGUAUUUAAAAACAUAAUCUCUUGGAUCUAAAAACA